AUGGCGCUUGGACUUGUCAAAAUGCAAUUAAUGGGGGGAAAAUUGUCUGUUGCUGUAUCUAUAAACACUGCAAGUUUUGAUAACUCUGGACAUGAAUUUAAGUGUUUUCGAUUCUCUGGAGAUGGUCAAAAGGCAACUUCAGGAGGGUGGUUCCGGAUCUUCAGCUCGAGGAUCAAAAAGAAGGCUCAUUGGAGCAAUGUGACCAGAGGACUGUCGCUGGGUGAAUUUGCAUCUUUUGUCGAGCCUCUCUUGCGGAAAGUGGUUAGUGAGGAAGUGGAACUUGUGAUCUCGCGCUUUCAUGAUCCGUCGUUAAGAGUGCCGUCGAAUCCCGUUGGAACUUCUGAAGGAAGCAGUUUGCGACUGCAGUUUGUUACCAAAUUACCGGCAACCAUCUUCAGUUUCAGUCAGAUAGAAGCCAAGGACGGUACUCCUCUCAGGAUCGAACUAGUAGAUGGCAGGACCAAUGAGAGGGUUACAAGUGGCCCUCUAUCUUCCAUGAAGCUCGAUAUCAUUGUCCUUGACGGCGAUUUCAGGUCGGACAAGGGAGAGGAUUGGACCGAGAAGGAAUUUGCUCGCAAUAUCGUUUGCGAAAGGGAAGGGAAAAGGCCAUUGAUAACUGGGGAGCUGACUGUGAUCUUGCGAGGCGGAAUCGGUUGCCUCCGUGAUUUAAUCAUCACCGACAACUCGAGCUGGAUGAGAAGUCGGAAAUUCAGGUUAGGAGCUCGAGCUGUUCAAAAGGUUUCUGCAGAAAUAAGAAUAAGGGAAGCGAGAAGUGAAAGUUUUGUCGUUAAAGAUCGUCGAGGAGAGUUGAGCAAGAAGCACCACCCUCCAUCUCUGAGUGAUGAAGUAUGGCGUUUGCAGAAAAUAGCCAAAGACGGCCCUCUACAUAAACGCAUGAGUUCGAGAAGAAUCAACACCGUUCAAGAUUUCCUCCAGCUGCACGAAGUCGAUGUGUCCUCUCUAAGAAACAUACUUGGCACUGGGAUCACCAACCGGACAUGGGAGACGAUUGUCAGACAUGCCAGCACCUGUGCGGUCGACGAUAACAAGAUGUACGCUUACUACCAAGCUUCGAACAAGGCCAGCAUACUGUUCAAUUUGGUAAUGAAAGUUACUCAAGCAACACUUGACGGCCAAACUUACCAAUCGCUAGACAAAUUGACCCGCUCUCAGAAGAUUUUGGUGCAGAACUUAAAAAGGCAAGCUUACGAUAACAAGGAUCAAUGGGUGCCGCGCGAUGCCCUACCCAGCAUCACUCCUCCGAGAGCCCUGACCACCUUGCCUACAGAACCGUUAGUCGGUCUGAGCCCACCUCUUCAUCAUCUAGAUUACACAGUGCUAAACCAAGAGAACAGACAAUUAGAUUGUCUGGGGCCACAGAGUCAUGUCAAUGCAAAAAUCUUUAAUCCCACCAUAGCAAACAGCUUAGCAAGGCAGGACUUUUCAUCCAGUUGUAGUGCCGGUGAAAGCAGUAAUCCUUUUGCUCACUCGCAAGGACCGUUUGCGACAAACAUCAGUCAUCAUCCUGCUCACUCACAAGGACCGUUUGUACCGAACAUUCAUUUAUCUCCUGAAGAGCUUUUCGAAGUGCCAUCUCCGUUCCCUGGCAAUUUGAUGUGGACGCCAGAGCAUACUUUCGUCAAUGAAUCGAGCAGCGGCACAGAUUUAGGGAUCAGUCCAUUCAGCAUGGGUUUCGGCAUCCGCAAGUGUAGGAUUUCAAGGUCCAGGGUGGCGUGGUGCAAGAUCCGUGCCGUGGUAAAGUGGAGAUCAUUCUGGCGCGUCGUGGUUGCAAAGAGAACAGCAAUGUUCAAAAUUCCAGAUUAUUAAGCUGUGCACAUGGAAAAUCCUACACCCUGGGGAGAGUUUUAGGUGCUCCAGAAGCACAAAGCUUUCAUCCACACAAGCCGACCACCACGUGGUGAAGUGUCAUUAUUUAUA